AUGUUCGGCAAGUUCACCAUCGCCCUCGUCGCUGCCGCCAUGGCAUUCGUGCAGGUCCGCGGCGAGUCUCAUACUGUCACUUUCACCAACAACUGUGGCUAUGGAACUCCUUACUUGUGGGGGCCUGACGGCGUUCUCCUCUCCACUGGUAGUCCUUACACCAGUAAUGGCCCUGCCGAUGGUUUGAUCGCUUACUUGCAGACUGGCGAUUGCGGCAACAAUGGUGAAGAUUGCACCUUAAUCGAGGCAUCGCUUAACAAUGCUGGUGGAAGCAGUGCCGAUAUCUCGCUCAUUCCUCCGCACGAGUUCUCUGUAACGAGCGGAUUCGGCUAUUACAACGGUUGCGAUGGCGCAGGUGCAGACUCAGCUGCCCUGAUGCCUUCCACACCUCAGACCAGACCUGGGUCCAAGUUGGCUGCUCAGUCGCUAACAGAUCUAGAUUUAUCAUUCCUGAGAGCCUUCGAUGCGGAGGGCCGUGUUGUGCCCGCACAGUUCGAUACGGUGUUGGUCAAUGAUGGUACUGGCGGACAAUUUGGUCUUGAAGGUCUGUGCUCACUUAUUGCAAAGGAGCAGUCCAUCCAUCCAUUCCCCAACAAGCAACCUCCUGCGUAUCUCGCCUACGUCGAUUAG